AUGUACGACCGCGCGGAAAGAAACGUCUGCGCCGAGGCGACGGGUAGUACGAGUCCGGCUGUCGGACCCGGAUCGUACCAGCCAAAGCUGCCGCAGAGCGUCGGCGCGCGUCGGCUGCGCGCCUACGCGCCCUUCCUGAGCAUGGCGCCGCGGCGCACGCUCGCGAUCCGGGCCGAGACGCUCACGAAUCCGGGUCCGGCGAAAUACGACCCGCGCUUGUCGCAGCGCAACGUCAAGGGCGGCCGGGUGCUGUCGAAUCGCGGUAAGCGUUUCGCCGACCGGCUCUCCGACGCGCCCGGACCCGGCGCGUACCGGCUGUCGCGCUGGGGCGACCGUGGCGCCGCCGCCGACGUCGGCGCGCAGCAGGAAGCGGUCGCCGACGCGGGCGGUCGCCUCAUCAAGUCGCAUAUCAUCUACGACGUGCGCGGUCAGCCUCCGUCCGUGCCGUCGCCCGGUCAAGCUAACGGCUACGACGAGAGCGAGUUCGGACUGCUCCAGAAGAGCCGAGCGGACGAGAAGGACACGACGAUGGGUCCCGCCUACUACAACGUCGGCAGCGACGAGACGAAGACGACGCGCGUCUACAAGGGCGUCUUCUUCGCCAAGCAGACGGGAAAGCGCAUGGACUUCCGCGGCCGCCGCGGUCCGGGACCGGGAGACUACAAGGUGACCAUGCCGAUCGGGAGAGCCUACGACAAGUCGACGCCGCUCUUCGAGGCGCAUCUGCCGCGAUAUCACGAGAUCGUCGUACACGUCGAGCAGAAGAAGGCCGUGCCCGGGCCGGGCAAGUACGACCAGAGCGGACAGUUCGAACAGCUCGUCGAGAGAGGGCGCCUGCGUACGACGCUUCCGCAUCCGGCGUUCGGCUGCCAGACGCAACGCUUCGACCCGCACGAGAUGAGCGACGCUCCGGCGCCGGGAUCGUACGAGGAGGUGCGCAGCUCGCUGCACGUGCCCGACGGCGACGGCAUCGCCGCCGCCGGCGUCACCUUCACGCGGCGGCCCUUCAACCAGACGUCUCUGCGCUUCUGUCCCGAGCAUGCGAUCAGGGAGACGCCCGGACCGGGCACCUACCACCACCACGGCAUGGGCCUGCAGAGUCUGCAUCACGCCUACCUGACGCGCACGCAGGGCGGCUCGUUCGGCUCGACGGCCGUGCGCACGCUGCCGAUGACGACGAGGCAGCAGGCGGCCGUGCCGGGCCCCGGGUGCUACGAGCCCGACGCGCGUCCGCCCGGUAACCGGUCGAAGACGUCGUACACGUUCGCGUCGCGCAGCAAGCGCUUUCGCGCGGCGAAGACGAGCGCGAACGUGGCGCCGCCUCCCGGCGCCUACGAGUCGGACAAGGCGCACGACCGGACGCAGUGUCGGCAGCGGCCAACGCGCUGCUUCGCCGACCACGCCAGCUUCCUGUCGUCUGCGGAACGCUUCACGGCGGUGCCGGAGAUCGUGCGCGCGCAGCCGGAUGUGAAGAAUCCCGGACCGGGAGCGUACGAGCUGCAGCUGGGCUGGUGCGGCAAGAGCGCGCUGAUGGUGACGAAGACUGAGCGCUUUAAGCACGUCGUGCCGGAUUUACCCGGACCCGGACACUACACGCUGCCGCCGCGUCUGCGCAACACCAUACUGAAGGGCACCUACAACAUGACGCUCGACAACCCAGUGCCACCUUGCGGCAGAAACAGCAAGACGGGCAUCGCAGAGAAAGCGUUCCCACUGACGGGAAUCAGCACGUUGGGAUGA